GAGAGAGAGAGAAGAGAGAAAGCAGACAUCCACGUUCAGAAUCGAACAGAAAACACGAGGCACGCGACACACACACACACACACACAGACCUAGAGCUUACUACGAUGCUCUUCACCACCUUCUCGUCACUGGGCUCCCCCCUCGCCUCGCCCAGGUUGACGGCACAAUUUCGCAAUGGCUUCCUCCCCACGUCCCAGAUAAGAAGAUGGGCCCCCUAUCUGGCCAUCAUCUGCAUUUUCUUCUUCCUCGCCCAGGUCGGCCUCCUGGGUGGCCGCCACGCCGACGGCCAACAGCAUGUACAGGUGGUACAAAACAUCCUGGGCACGCCUCCCUCAUCGUCGCUUCCCUUUGCAGCCGAUGCCGUCAGCCUGAGGGGCAACGCACCCUACGCUAGGUCGCAGUUUCCGCCCAAGAUAUGGCAGACGUGGAAGGUCGACCCGCUGCGUUUCGAGGAGAGGGACCUCGAGAAGGCGCGUUCGUGGACCGAGAAGAACCCAGACUGGCGCUACGAGGUACUCACCGACGGCAAUGACGUGCGCUACGUCGAAUACCACUACGGGCCUGAGGGCUUCAACCGCCCCGACAUUGUCGCCUUCUACCGCGACGUGACGGCUUCCAUCAUCAAGGCCGACCUCCUCCGCUACCUGAUCAUGUACGCUGAGGGUGGCGUCUACGCCGACAUUGACGUCGAGGCCAUGAAGCCCAUGUCCAAGUUUAUUCCCGAGCGCUACGACCACAGGGACAUCGACAUGGUCAUUGGCGUGGAGAUUGACGAGCCUGAGUGGAAGGACCACCCCAUCCUGGGCCCCAAGUCGAGGUCCUUUUGCCAGUGGACCUUUAUGUGCAAGCCCCAGCUGCCCGUCAUGAUGCGCCUCGUCGAGAACAUCAUGCACUGGCUCGUCGACGUCGCCAACAACCAAACUGUGCCCCUGGGCGACGUCGUCCUUGACUUCGACGAGGUCAUCUCCGGCACCGGUCCCUCUGCCUUUACCAACGCUAUCAUCGCCCAGAUGAACGUCGACAGGCUUUCCACCCCCGAGAUCACCUGGGACACCUUCCAUGACCUGGACGAGUCCAAGCUCGUCGACCGCGUUCUCGUGCUCAACGUCGAGGCUUUCGCCGCCGGCCAGGGUCACUCCAACUCGGGCACUCAUGAUACCCGCCACUCCCUCGUCCGCCACCACUACCACGCUUCUAAUUGGCCCAGCCGUCACCCGCGCUACAGCCACCCCGCCUACGGCCAAGUCGAGGAUUGCAACUGGAAUAAGGACUGCGUCCAUCGCUGGGACGAGGACGUCGCCGCCUUUGCCAAGCUGCCCGAGCCAGAGCAGCAGCGCAUUAUCGACGAGAAGACGAAGGAAAGGGAGGAGAAGGAGGCUGAGGAGCGCCGCAAAAAAGAGGAAAAGGAGAGAGAGGAGGAGGAGGCCAGAAAGAAGGAGGACGAGGAGAGGGCUCGCGUCGAGGAGGAUGAAAGGCGGAAGAAGGAGGAAGAAGAAGCUGCCGCAGCAGGCCGGCCUGCGCCCCCGGCAGCAGAAGGUGACGGAGAUGGCCCCCUGCCGUCACAGUCGAGGUGGUUCCACUCCCUGUUCGGCUACAGCGUAUUCUGCUGCGCCAUCUUCUACAUAUUAUGGGCCAACGGCUGCCUUUCGUCGAGACGGACAUCAGGAGGGCCCAGCCUCCCUAUGACGGAGAAGGUAUAGCAUUACACGACACAUUAGAUACGGGGCGUACGCACAUACACAUACGCAACACUCUUCAGACAUCGUUUCUUCUUCAAGAGCCAGCCAGCCUAGAAAGCAAGUAGGCAAGCAAACUUCCUUCGGCGCAUAGCAUGGAAGGGCCGAGGAAAGGACUGGGGCCAAACGGUAUUGCAUCGAGUCUUCUCUCUUUUGCUCUCUUCUGUGUAUACCACCUCUUUUUAUGAUUGGACCGGGGGGUUAGGGGGGGGGCCAUUUUUGUCACGCUUCAUGUGGUUAUUUGGUGGGGUUUUUUUCUCUUUACAAGAGGAUUUAAUUAAUAUGCAUUAGGAUUGAACGUUUG